GUCCUCUUUGUUCUGUUCUGCAUCUACCAGACCUUCACACGCAACACUUACUCACACCAUGCUGGACAUCAAUCUCUUUUUGGAGGAACGUGGAGGCGAGCCAGAGCUCAUCCGCGAGUCUCAGCGUCGCAGACAUGAGUCCGUCGAAAUCGUAGACGAGAUCAUCGCCCUCUACGAGGACUGGAAGACCAUGCGCUUCAACCUUGACCAAUUGAACAAGAAGUCCAACGCUAUUCAGAAGGAAAUCGGCAUGAAGAUGAAGAAAAAGGAAGACGCCUCGGAGCUCGUUCAGGCCCGUCUCGAUUGCAAGAAGGAGCAGGAAGCUAUGGAGGUUGAGCUCAAGGGAAAGGAGGCUUUGUGGUCUGCCAAGCUGGGCUUGGUCGGAAACAUUGUGCACGACUCUGUCCCCAUCUCUGACAACGAGGACAAUAACAUCGUUGAGAGAACCUACUUCCAAAAUGGCAAGGCUCCUGAACACAACCCCAAGCUGUACUCUCACGACGAGGUCCUCUAUCGUCUCGGUGCUUACGAUCCCGAGCGUGGUCACAAGGUUGCCUCGCACCGCGGAUACUUCUUGACCGAUGCCGGUGUCGAGCUCAACAUGGCUCUUAUCAACUACGGUCUCACUUUCUUGGGACGACGCGGCUAUAAGAAGCUCCAGACCCCUUACUUCAUGAAGAAGGAGGCCAUGGCUCAGACAGCACAACUGUCGCAGUUCGAUGAGGAGCUGUAUAAAGUUACUGGUGAGAACGAGGACAUGUAUCUGAUCGCUACCUCGGAACAGCCCAUCUCUGCCUUCCACGCCAACGAAUGGUUUGAGCAGCCCAAGGAGCAGUUGCCUGUCAAAUAUGCCGGCUACUCGACCUGCUUCCGCAAGGAGGCCGGUGCUGCCGGUCGCGAUACCUGGGGUAUUUUCCGCGUCCACCAGUUUGAGAAGGUCGAGCAGUUCUGCUUAACAGAACCCGAAAAGUCGUGGGAGAUGUUCGACCACAUGAUUCAGAACUCUGAAGAAUUCUAUCAGUCGCUCGGCCUCUCAUACCAGGUCGUCUCUAUUGUCUCCGGAGCACUUAACAAUGCUGCUGCGAAGAAGUAUGACUUGGAAGCAUGGUUCCCCUUCCAGGGCGCCUAUAAGGAGCUGGUCUCGUGCUCGAACUGCACUGAUUACCAGUCGCGCAAUCUCGAGAUCCGCUGUGGAAUCAAGAAGAUGGGUGAUCGUGAGAAGAAAUACGUUCAUUGCUUGAACUCGACCCUGACCGCGACCACCCGCACGCUUUCGUGUAUCUUGGAGAACUACCAGACCCCCGAGGGUGUCCGCGUCCCUGAACCCCUGAUCCCCUACAUGGACGGACGGGAUUUCUUGCCAUUUGUCCGUGAGCUCAAGAGCCCCAAGAAAUAAACGGUCGAUACCUUGGACAAGCGAUGUCCUUCCCGUAGAGAGCUAUCCUUCUCCAGAAAACGAAAUAAACGAAUCCCGAUGUAAUAUGAAA